AAUGUCCCUGGCUGCAGUGGACAGAUCUAGCUCUUCCUCUACACUAUGAAGGCAUUACCCAUCCUGGUGCUGCUGUCCUCAGCAAUGCAGAUGUUCAGCGCGGCUCCAGCUUUGGAGCCAGUAACAUGCAGUGAGGAUAGUAGUGCAACUGCAGCACGUCUGGCAAUGCAUCACAUUGAUGAGAACCAUGAGCAUGGCUAUAAGUUCAGACUCAAUGAGUUCGAAGGCAACAAAGUGGAAAAGGUUGAUGAAGGCUGUAACAUUGAGCUGCAGUUGCACCUUCUGGAGACAACGUGCCACACAGUCAACCCCAAACACUUUGAAGACUGUGAGACCCGUAUGGAGACUGAUCAGGCAGUGGAGGCCAACUGCACCGUGAUGAUGACUGUAACAAAUAAUGACGCCAAGGUCACCAAAUAUGAGUGUGACACAAAGCAAGUGAAGAUAAUGAUGAGGUGCCCUGACUGUCCCAUACUGAUCCCACUCAACAACACUAAUGGUCUCAAGUCUGUUCAUGAAGCUGUGACAAAAUUCAACCAGAACUCUUCCAACACGCACUACUAUGUCCUGCAGGAAGUGGGACGGAUACAAUCUGGGUACAUGAUGGCGGCAGGGAUGGGCUACUGGGCUGAGUUUGUCCUUGUGGAGACUCCUUGCCCAUGGGGAUCCAGAAUAGUUCCUGAGGCAUGCAAACCCCUCUGCCAUGACAGAGCUCAUCAUGCUUUCUGUCGUUCAUCUUCUACCACUCAAAAUGGACUUGGAUCCGUUGAGUGCGAGUUCUAUCCCCCAACGAACACUACUGCCCUCGGCCCUGGUGAGCAGGAGCCUGUAUGUAGGCCCCAUCAUGUUCGCCCACAUGACCGCCCCGGCGAUAGAGGAUCCCGUCCCCAUAGUCACAGUCAUGGGCCCCCUCCCCAUAAUGGCGAUAGAGGAUCCCGUCCCCAUAGUCAUGGGACCCCUCCCCAUGCUGGUGAUAGAGGAUCCCGCCCCCAUAGUCAUGGGUCCCCUCCCCAUGCUGGCGAUGGAGGUCGCCCUCCCCAUAGUGACAAUCAAGAUGGCCAGGAAAGACAGCACCAUCAGCACCCCUUCAGUUCCCACCACCCCUUCCGACACUUCCAUUCCUGCCAUAGAAUGAUGACUGAUGCUGACCCAGCUCUCCACCCUAUUUGCCCCUGGCCUUUUCCUGAACCCCGCCCCCACCCACACCCAAGAGAGUCCUGAGAUACACACAACAUGACUGUCACUGUUCAGAAGACUUCUCAAACAGUCUCUUAUAGAUGUAAGAAAUGCUAAAGUCCUUAAGAGAACUUACAGAACACGUCAAAUAAACCAUCAAGGUGUCAA